AUGGCCGGAGAAGGGCAGCCCCAUUUCCCUCCUCCAACAGGCUGUAGCAUACUCGACGCCUCACCGGAAGCCAUUUUGAUAGAUGUCGUGGUUCCCCAGGAUGGCACUGAGAACUACAUGACAGUGAUGGCGGCUAUAGAUACAGCACCAUCGAGCAGCGAACACCGCUAUGUCAUUUACAUUCGGAGAGGGACAUAUAAUGAAGACGUUUUCGUUGAGAAGCCGAAUGUAGUUUUCAUAGGCCCACUGUGGCUAGGGUAUCACAUAAUCACUGACCCAGCUGUGACUGCUAAUUUCACAGUCAUGCUGUUGAUCGAGGGAGACUCAUGGUUGUCUUCUACUGGGAUUAGUUACAAGAGUGGAUUAAUAAUGUUCUACCGGUGCAGUUUUGAGGGAUACCAGGAUACAUUAUACGCCCACUCCUACAAGCAAUUCUACCGAGAAUGCCGCAUCACCGGCACAGUAGACUUCAUAUUCGGGGAUGCAGCUGCUGUGUUCCAGUUCUGUCUCUUCCUUACCUGUCGUCCUCUUCCUCACCAGGUGAACACCAUUACUGCCCAGGGUCGUGAUGACAUCCGGAGGAACACUGGAUUCACGCUUCAGAAUUGCAAUAUUUCUGCCGACUCAGAUCUAGCUUUGACCGUGAUUAUGGAGACCUACAUUGGGAGCUUGAUUCGGCUUGAGAGGUGGCUCGAAUGGAAUAGUAGUUUUGCCCUCGACACUCUCUAUUAUGCAGAAUACAUGAAUUCCGAGCCAGGUUCGGGACUACGUGGACGGGUUAAGUGGCUAGGGUAUCACAUAAUCACUGAUCCAGUUGUGGCUGCCAAUUUCACGGUCGCGCGGUUGAUCGACGAGGACUCAUGGUUGCCUUCUACUGGGAUUAGUUACAAUAAUAGAUUGUAG